AUGGGCACAGGCAACACCACCUACACUCCACAAGACAGCCGCCGUACAACAGAAUUAUCUGACAAUGGAGUCACCACCUUUGUUCGUUCGGUUGCUUUCCUUCCACAUGUUGACGACGUUGUGCCAUGCCAUAGCAUUUACCUUGAAUCAUGGAAGCUAAAUCAAGGCGUAAGAUCAGGUGAGUGUUGCUCAUGGCAUGGUGUAGAGUGUGAUGAGAAAACUAAUCAUGUCGUUAGCCUUGACCUAAGUGAGAGUUGUAUUUAUGGGUCGAUCAACUCCAACAGUACUCUCUUUCGCCUUGUCCAUCUUCAAAGACUUAAUCUUGGAAGCAACGACUUCAUCCACUCUCAAAUCCCAUCCGAAAUAGGCCAACUCUCGAGGUUAACUCAUCUCGACUUUUCUUUUUCUGGCUUUUCUGGCGAAAUCCCAGCUGAAAUCUCUAAUAUUUCAAGCUUGGUUUACCUUGAUCUAUCUCGUAAUCUUGAUUUCAUUAGUUAUGAUGGAUUAUUGAAGCUCCGUCAGACUAGCUUCAGAGGUCUAGUUCAAAACAUGACCAAUUUGAAGGAACUUGAUCUAGAAUGCAUGGACAUUUCUUCAACGGUUCUCGCAAAUCUUUCAUCUUUGGAGUCUCUCCAUCUUUGUGGUUGUGAAUUGCAUGGUGAAUUUCCAGCGAGCAUUUUCUCGUUUCCGAACUUAAAGAUAAUCGACUUAUGCGAAAAUAUAAAUCUAACAUGUUUUUUGCCUGACUUCCACCCGAGAAGUCACCUUGAAAGAUUGAGGCUCUUCUGA